AUGAGCGUUUGGGAAUCCGAUUUCACCCAAAGGUUUGUCCGGUCUCUGGUGCGUGCUUGGAUGAGAGCUUCUCGUAUUGCUAGCGCUUCCGCUAUCUGCAAUCGGCUCUCCAAGCCCCAUCCUAAAGACCUACUUGCGCUCGCACCGCUGAUCCGCUAUUCACAUCGGCCAGGUACUGAUCUGAUCCUGCCUUUCCCUCAAUUUCUCACCCGCGGAUUGUUGAUUCUUUUUCAGGAGAUUUGA